AUGUCAAGCCCUCAUUCCCAUUCUCAUGCAGUUCCCAUCCCCCGUCCAGCUAUUGUGACGACCAGCUCAGGGAGCUUCCGUACCCGCUCGCUCGCAGUCUCCUCCCAAAACCGAUUCGGAUCUUCCCCUCGGUCCAUCACCUCAGACACGUCUACCAUCCAUGGCGAACAGCCGUUCGCAGCUGCGCACGAUAUAGAAGCGAAUGUAUUAUCUCCCAACUCAUCCAACGAACCGCUAUCUCCGAUUUCAGGAAGGAGUGGUCUUUCCGGUUCUGGAGCAGGUGGUGUGAGACAUCGAAAAACUCAUAAGAACAGGCAUCACAAAAAGAGGGAAGAGUACAGAUGGUUGUCGACUACUGCCGCUGGAGGUGGGACAGGUGACGAACCGGGUGUGGACGUAAAGUCGAAAAGGGAUGAAGAGGCUUACGGCCAUUUGAAGAAUAAGACUAAAGUGACUGUCGUUGACUAUUCUUCUAACCCCGACGAAGAUAACACCAACCUCCGUUGUGAGUUUCCAGGUGAAAGGCUUCGAGAAUGGCUGGAUAGUGAACAUGGCCAAAGGAGGAUAGGGGAGGAUGGGAAACCAACAGGAGUUAGAUGGAUCCAUAUCGAUGGACUAAAUUGGCAGGUCAUCAAGACUCUCGUACUUCACUUUGGUCUCCAUCCUUUAGCAGUUGAAGACGCAUUACGAGCAACCAACACCCCCCGAUCCAAGCUCGACUUCUACCGUAAUCACCUUUACCUCCAGAUACUGAUCCAUCACACCACUCCGUCCGAUGAAAUCAGAUUAUCUAUCGCAGCGGAGGAGAUGGCCCACGAGAGAGAAUCGGGGAUGAUGACGGAUGAUGAUCAGAGUGUGCUCAACGAAAGUACCAGGUCUGCCCCACGAAGGGGAUUAAGAGGUAGAUUGAGUGGGAUAUUCGGUUCAGGAGAAGAUGAUUCGAGGGAAACUCAGGUACCUAAACUGCCUGAGGGGGUGGAAGGUGUUUUCGAACCUAGUUUGGUAACUCCUAGACAUGGUGGACACCAUACGUUUGAGAAACAAGCCCAUACUCUUACAGUCAAUGAGUUGAGUGCAAAAUACAUGGUACCUAUACGAAGAGGAAUAUUGAGUCUGUUCAUGCUUCGUGAUGGUACACUUAUAUCCAUGGACGCUAAACCAACUCGAGAAGUGCUUGCACCCAUAUACCAUCGAUUGGAAGAUGAGUCUAGUUUAUUGAGAAGGUCGGGAGAUGUCAGUAUGCUGGCUCAAGCGAUCUUGGAUGUCGCUGCGGAUCUGGCUAUUGAGAUAUCUCAAACCUUCGAAUCGGAGCUGCUCAAGCUGGAAGCAUCCGUACUUGUCAACCCACAGAUGGAAACCGUCCGACAUCUCCAUAUCCUAUCCUCCCAGCUAAUCCGACUUCGAAGAUCGCUCACGCCACUCUUACACCUUUGUUAUAUCGUCCGUGAUCAAGACGCUCAGCGUUCAGUAGCUGCCAGUGCUAUGGUGCCUACCGGAACUCGCGGUACGGGUACUGGUGCCGCUACGCCAGGUAUCGGUCUGAACGGGAAUCAUCAUACGAUGGGAGGUGGAAUGCAACACACUCACUUGGGUCUGAAUCUUACUCCUCAACAAUCCAACCAAUCUCAAUCUCAUGGUUAUCUGGGUCAGCCUAUAUCCCCUACACCCUCAAGAGCAGGAACGCCCCUUCCCGGAGGAGGGUACAAUAGGUCAAGGGAUAGAGCGACGGAUGGCGAUGAUGGUGCGAGUGUACUGAGCAUGUUUGGCGUGAACCCCAGCCAAGCCGUACAUGUCGGAUUCUUCUCACCUAUGACCAAAGUGUAUAUUGGUGAUGUGAUUGAUCAUCUGGAGAUCACCGUGGGAAGUUUGGAGCAGUUCGUAAAUACUUGCGAUCAUUUGACGGACUAUGUGUUUAAUGUAUUGAGUUUCCAAACGAACGAAUCGAUGGAAAGGCUAAGUAUUGUCACAGUAGUGUUCUUGCCAUUAACAUUCAUUGCAUCCUACUUUGGAAUGAACUUUGACGAUUUCGACGAACUUCAUCAAUCGGUCGUGUACUUCUGGAAAGUCGCUAUACCGUGUACGACCGCGUUCUUCGUUAUCUUCUCCUUUGGGUACUUGCGAGCCUUCGCCGAGACUUUGUAUAGGAAAGUGAGAAGGUGGAGGUGGAUGAUGUUGUUGGGUGGUAAGAGUGGAUCUAGGACGGUAAGACCCAGGAUGGGCAAUGGAAUCAAGAGGAGCUAG